AUGGAAGAGGUAGCACCCAGGAGAGUCACGAGCCCGUGUAGCGCCCGAGGCCGGGGUCGGGGUCGGGGUCAGCGGCGACCUCAUACCUGGGAGAUCUCUGACUCAGAUGGCGAAGGUGCCGCCCCUAGGGAGGUUGGUACGCACGUCUCGAGUACAGUAAGAGAGCACAGGGCUGCGGCCAAAGCGUUACGGGCGGAUCAGGUCCUGAGUCGUCUGGCAGUGUGCGUGGAUCCAGCUGUCCUGGAAGAUGCAGGCUCCGACAUCCUGAUGGAGGCGCUGGGCACGCUAGGGUGUGAAUGCCGCAUUGAGCCGCUGCGCCGGUCCCGCAGCCUGCAGUGGAGCGUUGUAAGGCCCGACCCAGCCCCUAGCAGUGUGCCUCUGGAGGCAUGGGCUGAGAAUGAACAGGAACAGUUGCUGCUGCUAGAACCCCAGGAGUUUCUUCAGAGUGCUAUGCAGCUGACCCAGAUCACAGGCCCACCUUGCUCCAUGCCCUGGCUUUCCCCCGACAGUCCCACCCGCCCCCACCUGGCUGUCAUUGGACUGGAUGCAUACCUGUGGUCUCACCAACCCAGUUCUCAGAAGACAUGGCAGCUAAAGAAGUCAAAGGACAGCCAUGCCAAGGUGGCCGUCAGCUGGCCUGAGGUGGAAGAGGCCUUGGUGCUGCUUCAACUCCACGAAAACCUGGAUGUGCUGCUGGUGGCCUCAUGGCAGGAGUUAAGUCAGUAUGUGUGUGCCUUCACCAAGGCCCUCUCUCAGCGCCCCUCUAAGCAGUACCGAGACUCCCUGGCCUUUUCCUUCUGCACAGCAGGACACUGGGCCUCAGGUCAGCGAGUGACCAAAGAUGGCUCUGGGCUCCGAGGAGUGUGGCGGCGGCAAGUCAGACAGUUCAAUCGGGUCAGCUCAGCUGUGGCUGAUGCUGUUGUCGCUGCCUUCCCCUCCCCCCGCCUUCUGCAACAGGCUCUACUGGACUGCAGCACUGAGCAGGAACGCCUGAGUCUCCUAGCUGACCUCCCUGUGAAGGUCCACAGAGGCAGGCAACCCCGCAGAGUGGGACCUGACAUCUCACGCCGCAUCUGUGUCUUCUUGACCACCACCAACCCUGACCUCCUGCUAGACCUGAGCUCUUGACCACACCUGUGACACCCUGGGGCUGCCUCCUGCCCAUCAACAGAAAAAGACACACCUGUCCAAGAGACUGACAGUCACUGAGAGGCAGGCGAGGUUUGGGCUCAUCCACCAUACUUUUUCCAGUCUGAGGGGUUCUCUGGUCAAUUUAAAGCAUCAUGGGAGGUGAGGGGAUAAGGGAAGCUACGGUGAACAGAAGAAUCUGGAGGUUAGUAGGCAGCAAGAGCCUUGGAGUGACUGGGGCUUCAGUGAGCCUUUAGCCUGAACUGAUUGCCAGAAGCCUGGUGGCAGGGCUGAGUGCCCAUGUGGGCACUUCCCACUCCCACUGUUUUCUGGACAGUUAGGGUGAAGCUGCAGGACAGACAGACACAGUGGAAGGUAAACCAUAGGCACAGGCAACUCAGGCCCUACUGAGGACUCUUUUAAUGUUAUAGCCUAUGGGAAUGAGACAAAACCCUUCGCAGGGCCCACUGAUAACUCUGUAAUGGGCAAGAGCUGACAACAUGCAGCUGCAAGUCAGGAAAACCUCAAAGCCCUGUGGGUUGGAAUAGCGCAUGUCCUCUUCCCUGGGCCAAGUGUAUCACUGAGUCAGCGAGCAUCCCAGGCUUGUAAUCUAGGUCCAGAAGUGUUUGGGCUGCUGUUCCCAGGACACACAGCAAUUCAGAGCACAAACAGGAGUGCUGCUUGCCUACCAGUACAUGCGGUAGAAUGGCCUCCACACUCCAUGGCCAACAAAGACUGUCCUGGCUUAAGGGAGAUGGGGGCAAGCCUAGACAGACCUCAGUCCUCCCUCUGCCACUGUCGCUACCGCUGCCCUGGAAGGCACAGGAGAAGGCAGUUGGUUCCAGCUGCAGCAGUCAGCUUCUUCUGCAGCGCUUCCUCUGACAGGGCCUGGUCUCAGGGCUCGCCGCACCAGUUGUGGCUGUGCCAGAAGGGGGCCCAGGCGACUUUCGGCGGUUGCAGUUCAUGCUCAGGACCCAGCCCAGCUUGUUAUGCAGCACUUGCUUGAGGCCAGGGGGCAAGGGCAGGCCCUCAAGGGUGUCCCCUGAGUUUGGCCUCAACUGGCGCAGGCGAUAGCAGCACAGGUAUUGCAGGGAGGUGGAGCUUGCACAGGAGCGGAUGACUUUCAUGCUGCUCUUGGCAGCUGUGGAGCACACCAUCGGGUAGAACCUUCUGUUUUGCAGCCGAGUGGCAGCUACUCCUAGAAGGAAAACUCAGCCUGAAGUGCCAUGUAGAUCAGAUGCCAGGGAGCUCCUCCCAUAAUGCACCAAGGUGAAGACCUCUUGCUACUCUGAAGAGAAGACAGCUCUAGCCUGCUAACCCCAGCUUGGCUUCAGCCCUGUCCACCCCUGAGAACGUCAGAUGACAGACUGCCUGACCCCACCCUAGAGGCUCCCUCUCCGGUCUCCAAGGUCAGGCUGAGACCUGGUCAUGAAGACACCCUCACCAAUGCACUUCCUGUUCUUGAAGAAUGUCAGUGUCCCGUGCCAGGCGUCCAAGUGUACGCCGAUAAUAGAGCCCUGGCCGAAGCGUGAAGAGAAGCUUGUCUUGUCACCUUUGUGAUGGAGGAGCCCUGGGAGCAGUAGAUGGGUAAGCCUGGGAGAGGUCUGUAGCAACUGCCAGCACUACCUACAACCCAGGCAAUACCCACCAGUGUAGGAGAGGCCCCAGCUGUCUUCGUCCCUGCCAAGCAGGCUGCAGAAUGUGUGGUGGUACUUGUCCAGGUCUACAUCUGAUGUCCCAAUGCCCACCAUCUGUAAACAUUGGGGCUGGGCUAGUUAGGGGCCUAUGGCAGGGCCCACGGCAGCUACCCUCUUGCCUAGCCAUUUACCAUGUCAGUGCCAUACACAGGAGAGGUCAUCUUGAUUUCCCAGAAAUGUUGGCCAUCCCCUAGCUCCUUAGUGCCCCGAAUGGCUGCCGUGCCACAGCUGUACUCCAUGUGAAAGCUGACCUUACGGUUAUCACAGCUCAGCAAGGUGGCCGAGGACUUGUUCAGAUCAUCCCAGACCCAAUCAAAAUCUGUGAGACAGGGUGCAAACAAGGCAGAGCUGGAGCAAAGCAGUACCUGCCCAGUGGCCCCCUACCCCACCCCUGGGGAGGUGACAGGACACUCACCCUCAUCCUCCUCACCACAACGGCAGUCCUUGCCACGGUGUGUUGUGUGUAGACUGUUGCAGAAGGUAGCCUCAUUCUGGCCCUCACAGUCACAGAAGGACUCUCCUGUCACAGGCACAGCACUGGGGAUGGAUGGUGGCAGGGAAGAGUACUCAGGGUCAGAGUCUGAGUCGCUGUGCUGGGAGGGAAGGGGCAGAUUGCUCUAUUUAUGGCAGCUUCCCCAUAGCCAGGCUACCUGAUCCCUUCUCAUAUCCACCGGAGAAGAACCCAGACACCUCAUGGGGUUCUCCAGUGCCCAGCAUAAGCAACCUCAGUGCUAAAACUGACUUCUAUGCCUGAAAGAGUACAGUGACCUGGGGAGGUGGCCUGAGGGUGACCACUGCUCCCUCAGCUUCUUAAUGGAACUCUGAAACUCAAUAUACAGCUUUUAGCCCCAUUUUGGCAUAGCUAGAAACCCACAUGAGAUGGGGCUCUCCAACACCUCCCUCUAGGUAGCUCAAGGUCUCCUAAGCCACGGAGCUGGUGCUGUCAGUAAGGUCUAACAUCCAGCUCUUCAUAGCCCUAAGACCUAAGCCUUAGGAUGUGUGUUCCCACCCCAUACAAGGUCACUGAAGGCAAAAGGAACACACUUAAUGAGUCCUAAUGGACUAGUGUGGCUGCUUCAAGCCCCAGCUGCAGCAAACUCCUCCAAAGGUGCAGUCCUUGGGGCUUGAGUUCAGUCCUCAGAGCCUGGUGGAGGUGUAAACAAAGCUAGGCUGGUCAAGUUCCAGCUAUUGACACUAUUCCUCUUCAGCUGCUCUGCAGACCCUUGGGUCCCUGUUUUGGUGCUUUAGGCUAGCUGGCUUGGCAGCCCUGGAAGCUUUGGCCUCUGCCUUCUUGAGCUGUCUGGCCCUGCCAUGCCCCACACAGGCCAUGACCCUUCUAUAACCUGAGCAGACGGCCACGUCAGUUCUACCAUCCACUCAAGAGUUACAUCUGUCUGGCCACAUGGCCAGCCCUGUUAUGGGUACCAGGUGAGCACUGCAUUCCCUAGAUGGGAGCACUCAGCCAACAAGAGCUUGGACCAGAUCUUUCACCCCAUAUUACUUCCAAAAUGCAGGGUCUCCACUAUCUUGUCCUCUGCUUGCAAUGUCACCAGCUCCUCGAGGAAGGUGCCAAAUCACAUGCCACAUCCCAAGAACAAUCAUGGUGGUUGGACAGUACCACCAGCAAGGAGAAAGUGGCCAGCAACAGACAGCUGAGGGGAGACUAGAAACUGACCUCCAACUGCAAGCUGUGGAGUAGUAACUCCACAAGGAGCCAGACAAAGGAUAUUUAGUCAACCAACGUGAACUUAAGCUCCUUGGAAGCCAACCAGAACAGCUAUCUUGCCUAAAGGAAAGGCUUAUACCCCAGAUAGAGCAGACCUUGUACACACUGACAGAGACAGGAUCACCUAAAGCCAAGGCACUGAAGCAAGAGUCAGGGUGAGUAGCUACCAAGGACAGGAGGGAGGAUAUUGUUCAACCCAACAAAGGGCCCAGGGACACCAGGAACUAACUGGCACCUGACAAAUGGCACUGCAAACUCAUCACUUGACAGGCGUGUGUGUCGCUGCUUCCAUCCCUCAGUGAUGACUGUGACACAGGAAGAGGCACAUAGGCUGCUCCAGGGUACAUUGUCAUUGGGUCUAGCUGAAAAUUUGGGCUGACCUCUCAAGUUCUGAAGCCCCCAAGGGUCUUGGACACUGCUGACCAAGUCAGUAAUCUAUGGCUUCCAAGUUUUCCUCACAAGCUGGUGAGGGACUCUGUGCUGCAGGGAGCCGUGACAUCAGUGUACAGGCAAUAAAGGGCAGAGCCAGAAUACCAAUCCAGUAUAGCAAGACAAAUCAGGAGCCACCCCCAGGAGCCUGGUCAGGUGCAUCAAGCUGGUAUGUGCCCUGUGCCUUGCAUUCCUGGGCCUCCCUGUGCCCAGAGUCUGCCACAAAAGAGAUCUUAGAAAUCUGAACUUCAAGAACUAUAGAUUUAAAAAAAAAAAAAAAAUGUUGAUGACCUGAGUUUGAUCGCAAGGGUAUCAAAUGGUAGGCGAGAACUGACCCACAUACUCAUCAGAGCACACAUGUGCCCACACAAUAAAUAAACUGCCUUAACUCCAAGGCCA